AUGGCAGAUACGUCCACGACUCCCACGGCUGCUCGCAAGGCUGAGAUUGAGCGCGAGGUCGAGGCACUUGUGUACGACAUGGUAGAUAAAGCAGUCGAGCACGCCAUGAGCGUGAAGCCGCCCUACAUCUUCCCCAGCGGUGUGCCUGGUUUCGGCAACUGUAUCUUGGGUCCCCGUGUCCCUCGUGUUUCGAUUCCUUCUCCUGCUCUACUCGCACCUCCUGAACACCUUGGUGGCAUGAAAGAGACAUAUGCCACUGCACUCCCCUCGACUGACGUUUCCCUUCCCGACGACUACUACGGUUCAUCUCCUCUCGAUCGCACCAAGCACUCUAGCACACAGCUCGCCGGCAAGAAGCGCAAGCUCAACACGCUCGAGUCCGAAGACUAUGAUGCAAGUAUCAAACGCAUCGCCCCGUCACUCAAUGGCGCCCUGUCUACCCCUAUGCCCACUAUCUCGGAGGCUGAACACGAUGCCAUCGCCGACGACGAGCAGUACGAGGACGAAGCAGCCGAGCUUGUACGCCUCAUCUACCAAAUCAAGUACAUCCUCCACCCCUACACCCAGCUCCAUUCCACCUGUACCGCCACCGAGCCCCUACAAAAAGUCUACCAUGCCCUCUCCUCGCAACACCACACCCUUAUCGCAGUCAUGAGUCUUAUCCACGACGCCCUCGAGGCACUGAGACCUCUGAGAGACUACCAAGUCGUCAACAUCACAAAGCUCGCAAGGAGGGAAGUGAUCUUCCAGAGAGCAGGUCUUGAUUCUUGUCUCGAUGCUAGAGUCAAGAUGGAUGCCCAGUGA